AUGAGUUCGCGUGCGACAUCGCACGGUGAAGGAUUUCUUUUCUCCUCCAUUACUCUCCUCCUCUUCUCCGCUGUGCCACCACCGCCCCGUACAUCCCAGAUCUCUCUUUCCGCAACCACCGCCUCCUUUUACACCUGCGCCGAAGAACCAUCAAAAUUGCGCCAGAUUCCGCAGAGACUUUCGGCGACUCCGUCGCUCUACGAGAUCCUCGAAAUCCCCGUCGGCUCGACCAGCCAGGUGAUCAAAUUGGCUUACCGGCGGCUAGCCAGGAUCUGCCACCCCGACGUGGCUGGAAACCGUCGAAAUUGCUCGUCAGCUCACGCUUUCAUGAAGAUUCACGUGGCGUAUUGCACUCUUUCUGAUCCCGAGAAACGCGCCAUUUAUGAUCGGAGGAUCCUUUGCAGGCGCCGGCGUUAA